ACGGCCCUCAAACUGGAACAUCAGCUCCCCACCAGAUCUCCAGCUGCACAGCUCUCAAACAGGAACAUCAGCUCCCAACAGGGUCUCCAGCUGCACGGCCCUCAAAUUGCAACAUCAGUUCCCCCCUGGGUCUCCAGGUGCACCGCCUCAAACUGCAACAUCAGCUCCCCGCUGGGUCUCCAGCAGCACAGCCCUCAACCUGCAACAUCAGCUCCCUGCUGGGUCUCCAGCAGCACAGCCCUCAACCUGCAACAUCAGCUCCCCCCGGGGUCUCCAGUUCCACGGCCCUCAACCUGCAACACUGGCUCCCCACCAGGUCUCCAGCUGCACGGCACUCAAACUGGAACAUCAGCUCCCCACCGGGUAUCCAGCUGCACGGCCCUCAAAGUGGAACAUCAGCUCCCCGCUGAGUCUCCAGGUGCACGGUCCUCAAACUGGAAUAUCAGCUCAACGCCAGGUCUCCAGCUGCACAGCCCUCAAAUGGGAACAUCAGCUCCCUGCCGGGUCUCCAGCUGCAUGGCCCUCAAACUGCAACAUCAGCUCCCCCGCGGGACUCCAGCUGCACAGCCCUACAACUGGAACAUCAGCUCCCCCGCGGGACUCCAGCUGCACAGCCCUACAACUGGAACAUCAGCCCCCGCUGGGUCAUCCUGCACGGCCCUCAAACUGGAACAUCAGCUCCCUCCCAGGUCUCCAGCUGCACGGCCCUCAACAUCAGCUCCUCGCCGGGUCUCCAGCUGCACGACCCUCAAAGCAGAACAUCGGCUACACUCCGGGCCUGCGGCUGCAACACCCUCAAACCAGAACAUCAGCUCCUCGCCGGGUCUGCGGCUGCACGACCAUCAAACCGGAACAUCAGCUCCUCCGGGGUCUGCGGCUGCACGACCCUCAAAGCAGAACAUCAGCUACUCGCCGGGUCUGCAGCUGCACCACCCUCAAACCAGAACAUCAGCUCCUCCCCUGGUCCGCUGCUGCAAGACCCCCAAACAAGAACAUCAGCUUCUCCCGGGGUAUGCGGCUGCAGGACCCUCAAACCGGAACAUCAGCCCCUCCCCGGGUCAGGGGUUGCACGACACUCAAACCGAACGUCAGCUCCUUCCUGGGUCUGCAGCUGCACGACUCUCAAACUGUAACAUCAGCUCCUCCCCGGGUCUGUGGCUGCACGACCCUAAAAUUGGAACAUCAGUGCCUCCCCGGGUCUGCAGCUGCAAGACCCUCAAACCGGAACAUCAACUCCUCGCCGGGUCCGCGGCUGCAAACCCUCAAACCGCUCCUCACUUCCCAGACGGGGCGGCCCGGCAGAGGCGCUCCUCACUUCCCAGACGGGGCGGCCGGGCAGAGGCGCUCCUCACUUCCCAGACGAUGGGUGGCCGGGCAGAGGCGCUCCUCACUUCCCAGACGAUGGGUGGCCGGGCAGAGGCGUUCCUCACUUCUUCCCAGACGGGGCGGACGGGCAGAGGCGCUCCUCAAUUCCCAGAUGGGGCGGCCAGGCAGAGGCGCUCCUCACUUCCCAGAUGGGGUGGCCGAGCAGAGGCGCUCCUCACUUCCUAGACGAUGGGUGGCGAGGCAGAGGCGCUCCUUAAUUCCCAGGCGGGGCGGCCGGG